AUGCCAAGAACCAAAUCUUCCGCUCGUUACCGUGGUCGCCCGGAGCUCUUCGACGUCGUCAUUGCUUGUAAGUCCCUCGUGUCGCCGUCGCCACCUCACGAGUCAGUCCCAGCCAAGCGCCGCUGUGCUCCAGAUUCAUCUCRGCCGGUUGCYAAAAGGGRACGAACCCGAGGGCAACUCAAAGCCCUUGCCGAAGAGUCGAAUCGCCGUAAUGCCACCGUGCCGAGUAAUUCAGCUAUCUCCGUUGAUCUCACCUGCGCCGAAACUGUGCCAGACUCAGACGAGGAAGCCAAUUCAUCGUGUUCUGAACCGAAGGUUUCGACGGCUGAGAAAAGCCAAUCGCCACCAUCUGUAACGACGCCGCCAGAAUCGUCGUCUUCUCCGUCAGAAUCCAACUCGUCAUCGUCUGCAGCAUCUCCGGUGAAAUCAUCACGGUCAGAUCAAGAGUCAUUGUCAUCUGAAUAUGAACCGUCACCACCCGAGCACGUGCCAUCUCCUCCGGUCAGCUUAUACGACUCGGAUUCUGCUUCCGAUUCGCCUUCCACACAGUGGAAUUGGGAGUUUCCAUCUGCUGAGAACCUUGAUGUCUCCUUGAUGCGCUUCAUCAAAGGCAAGAACAAGCUUCCUUACGAUCCUCUUGAUCCGCGAAGCAAGUACCGGUAUGAGCUGUCACGUGUUGAGGCUGCUAAUCCUUCACAGUCAGAGCCAUCAUCACCUCCUUUAUCUGAGCAGUUUCUCAAUUCCGACAGUGAAGCUCGCUAUGUGAAGUAUCGGAAGCGAACCAUUUAUCCUGAGAGAUCAUUUCGGAUAAUGGGUUAG